CUUAAAUUAACCAUUUGUUUCCUGCACUGUUCUGAUGUGUGGCUGCUGCAAGGUCUCCGUUAUAUAACCUCUGAUUUGUAUUUCUACAAUGGAAGAAAUGAAAAAGCACAAAGAGAAGAUGACAGAGCGGAUUCUGAAUCACGCGCUAGAGAUAAUCUACCUGCUGACUGGGGAGGAAUAUACCAUUGUGAAGAAGAAAUUACCCCAUAGCAGCAUCCAUUUGUUGACCGGGGAGGUCCCUAUAAAGUGUGACGAUGUUGCUGUGUAUUUCUCAUUGGAGGAGUGGGAAUAUAUAGAGCACCAUAAAGAUUACUACAAUGAGCUAAUGUUGGAGAAUAAGAAGAACGUCAGUAAUCUGGACAAAGCAACACCCAGAGAUGCAGACGUCCAUGAUGAAAAUGAAGAUAUUGUCUCAAUCGGUGAAGAAGAGGGGGCUGAGAAAGCUGAAAAUGAAAUUCAAGAAGUGGAAAUUCAUUCAGACAUCUGUUCCGAAUUAUCAGACUACAAUGAGGAAAAUAUAGAUGUAAUAUCAGUUAAUGAAGAAGAGAAUACAAAGCUUGACUCAAAUAUUCAGCCCGUGACAGAGAUAUGUGCAGAUGGAUCGGUGAGCGUUUUAGAAGCAUGUUCACCACUUGUGAUAUCAGAAGAUAAUUCCUGUAUAUCUCAAGGCAACCAAAGAGACGAUUCCUUAGAAAUCUUACCCAAUGAUUCUGUUUUAUAUAACAGCGGAAAUUUCAUAUCUCCACCAUUUUAUCAAUGUGAACAAAACGCAUCUCCUCUAGGGGAGACUUCUGAACGUAAUCACAGUGCCAUAAGAUUUACAAAUGAGCAGUUUGAAGAGGCAAACUACCCAGAUAGUGAUUUGAACUUUAAUCCAAACCUAAGUUACAUAGCCCAUCAAAAGACAACCAGGGUCCAGAAGCCUCAUAAAUGCAAUGAAUGCGGGAAAAACUUUUCUUACAGAUGUAGACUUUUUGUUCAUCGGAGAACGCACGCCAGUGAAAAACCUCAUCGAUGUAAUCGCUGCGGAAAGCAUUUUGCUACUAAAGAUAGUCUUAUUAUACACGAGCGAUCACACACCGGAGAAAAUCCGUAUCACUGUGAUGAAUGUGGUAAAAAUUUUGCAUAUAAAUGUCGCCUUAUUGUACAUCAGAGAACGCACACUGGUGAAAAACCUCAUAGAUGUAAUGAAUGUGGCAAGGAUUUCGCAUCUAAAGCAAAUCUUAUAAUACAUCAGAGAAAACACACAGGCGAGAGCCCUUACAUUUGCAAGGAGUGCGGGAAACGCUUUAUUUCUAAACCGUAUUUAGUUGCACACAAAAGAUCUCAUACGGGGGAAAAGCCUUAUAUGUGUAACGAAUGCGGAAAGCAAUUUGUAUCCAAAACGAAUCUUAUUAUUCACCAGCGAAUUCAUACAGGAGAGAAACUUCAUAAAUGCAGCGAAUGUGGCAAAGCGUUUCCUGUUAAAUCCCGUUUGCUUCAGCAUCAGAUGGUUCAUGAAAGAGAGAAAAUACAAGAACCUUCUCAACAUGAUCAAUUCUUACUUCAAUACCAGCAGCAAGAACAUAUUUGCCUGGACUGCGGGAAAACUUUUGAUUCCAGAAAAAGUCUAACUGCACACGAGAGAACUCACAGGGCAGGGAAAUCCACUUGAUCAAAAAUUACAGGUCACCUGUUCCUUGAAAUAUGGGGUGGGGGAAUGGCUUACAUUUUAGGAAAUAAAAUAUCCCUUAAAGGAACUAUAAAGAGAAAGCAUUAUAAAA